CGCCACCCAGCACCUGCUCCGCCACGAUCCAAUACGCGUGUCGCCGGAACUUCCCACCACGAUACGGCAGAGCUCGUCCUCCUCGAGCUCCCCCGCGCAUUUGGGUCUCGAUUAUAUGAACAAGGAACGCUCGACCUUCUCCCCUGUCGCCCAUGUCCGUGCUGCCGCUCUGCCGCAGGUCGCCGGUGGAUAUCUUCCCGUGCUGCUGCUCCUCCUUCGUACAUCCACGUGCUGCUCCUCUUACUCUGCCCGUGGUGGUGGUGUUGCUUCUCCUCUGCUCGUCUAGGAACUAGCUCCUUGUGCAGUUGUGCUGCCAUCGGAGCUCCUCUACACUCUGCCAGGCUGCGAGGAAGCAGGAGCCAGAACAAAAGAUCACCAUGAGUGACGACCUUGGACACCACCCUACAGGACCUCCUUCUCCAGCCUCCGGAUCGACCUCCUUCUCCAGCUUCCGCCUCGCGUUCCUCGGCGAGGCCGCCGCGGUCGUCGCGCGCCGCCUCCUGGGAGGCGUCCCCGCCAUCUCCAGGCUCGAAUCCACGCCUGCCCAGGCCGCGCCCCGCUGGCCCGAGUGGGUGUGGCGGGAGGUCGGGGACGGGGACAGUAGGAGCAGUUCGUGGAGCGAAUACCCGCCGGAAAGCUACAACGGCGACCUCUGUCCUGCCGGCUUCGGCGGCUGCGUCGGCACCUGACACACCGGCACCU